AUGCCGUCAUUUCGUAGUAAAUGUGGACGACGUUUACCGGCAACUCCAAGCAUACCUAGACUACAAGUUCAUCUACCACAAACUGCUCCAUCAACGCCACGUCCAAAGCUUGUAAAUACACAAAACAAGAUGUCUUCCGUGGAAUCUGAUUAUCUAUUCCCCUUUCAGCAUAACGAAUCGACAUUAAGUGAUGUGAAGAAUGAGGCAAAAGAAGCAAGCAGUGGUGAAUACGUAAGUGAUGAGGCAGAUAAUCGAGAACCUUCGAUGGUUCACGUAAAGGAGCAUAGAUAUCAUCAAAAUCGUAAUUUGGAUGAUAGGUUAAAUGCUGAUGAAAAUGAAUAA